AUGCAGGAAGCGGUCUACAAACGAAAACUUCCUCUAAUCCCUCCUUCACCUCAGGAACACCCUCGAAAAAGGGUUGUGCUCGAUGGCUCUCUCCCGUGGGAAGAGGAAUUCCUCGCCGAUUUCCAGGGCAUCUCCGACAGAACUUGGACGAUCGAUGUUGACACAGAGCCUCUGCAGUUCGAUGAUGGCUCGUUGGAAAUGGUUCGCCCUUUGAAUUAUCCCGCGCCAGGAGCGCCCGCGCAAUUUAGGCCAUACUCAGAUCAGGAGGCAAGAGCACAAGCAUUACGCCUCUGGAGACGAAAGCCGAGCCUGCAGAAAGUACGACACGAUGUCAGCCCCUUUGCCCUAGAAACAAGGGCAUAUGAAAGGAUGCGAAAAUUCCUCCCUGCACAUCAACAAUUUUUCUUCCGGCGAUAUCAUGGAACCUUCGAAGUCUCUCCCUCCCGUCUCGAUCGGAGGUUUUGCGGGACGUCCUUUCGCCACGGCAUUGUGUUUGACGUUCUAACGACCGAACUUAGAGGUCGGCAUCUGUAUUCAGGACGUGACGUCGGUGACUUUGCACCGUAUGUUGAAAUAUUACAGGCUGAGCUUGCGAAACUGGACUUAUCUCCGCUUGAGGAGAGGUGGUAUGUGAGUGUACUGGAAGAGCGCCUGACAAAGGUAACGGCUGCUCAUGCACUUGGGAUCCUUCAUGGCGACAUCAAAUUUGAUUGUUUUAGCCUGCCAAAAUCACCACAUGACAUCGUCCUACACGACUUUAGUCGAGCGUAUACCUUCACGCGGGAGCGACCCUGCGCGAUGAUCGGUAUGGUCCGGUUGCGAUCGCUCAAACAUGCAGCAGACGUCGAAUGUGACAUCAUUCGAAUCUGUGUUCUUGACAUGGCAAAGUCUGCUCACUUAUUCGAUCAUUUCAAACAACUGCUAGGGAUGACGGAGGAGGACACCCGCAAAGUACUAUCUUCUAGUAUUCCUCGCAGUCUAUUAGCGACCGAGCUUGCACUGAUCAUUCUGUCUGCGAGGAUGAUGGACGAUGGUUUGUUCUCUCUCAAAGUCGUUCUUUAG